AUGCCAGGUAGUAUAGUUCACUUACGUAUAGCUGAUGUAUAUAGGCUGCUGUGGGAUCACAUCUCAUUUCCACAAGAAUGGGUGCCAUUUCAAUCUUUUCAACUCGACGGAGUUGACAACAAUUUCUACACAUCCAAAUUCCAAAUUAUGGAGUGGGUUGCGAAUAACACUAUCAUGAAAGUUGUAUCAAGUAUUCUACAUGCUGAUAGAACUGUAACCACGACGGUGUUUGAUGAGGAUAUAUAUUUAAUCCAGUUAUCCUUUAAGAAGAUGGUUACACCAUCCUCAGAAUUCGCAAUACGGGUAUUUAUUCAUCGAUUUCCUGUUCGGCUGAAUUUAUCACCUCACAAAGAGACCAGCAGGAAGAAGGGAACAGGGAAGAAGACUUGGUCUCUUCAAGGAAUUGUCCUAUUUUUAUUUGUGAAUUAUGUGCCCUAA